GGCGGAGUCGAGAACCCGAAAGCGACGUGCGCGGGGCCGGAGCCGGAGACUCAAGGUUCGGCGCGGGCGGGGACGAGAAGCAACGCUUGGGCACAAGGGGACGGCAGCCGGCGCGGGCGGGCGCGGCCUUUGUCUCCUCCUCUGGCGCGCUCCGCGGCUGCACCGGCCCCAUGCGCCCGCGGCCCCCCGGCGCCCCAGCCGCUCGAAGCCCCUAAUUUGCCCUACCCUGACCUCGUCAUGGCCGAAGCUACCUCCGGCUCUGGGGGCACGUCCCUAGAGGGCGAGCGCGGCAAGAGGCCCCCACCAGAGGGCGAGCCUGCAGCCCCGGCGUCCGGAGUUCUGGGUACCUGUGCCCACCUGCCCAGUGCCCAGAUGGGGAUCCCCAGAGUGGGAGUCUGUAAGGGGACUCGGACCCUUCCUGGCGAGAGUCAUCAGUCCCUGCACCCCUUGGCAGAUACGACGGAUGACCACACACUGCUGUGGCUGCUGAACCACAUCCGUGUGGGGAUCCCCGAACUCAUAGUGCAAGUCCGCCACCACCGCCAUACGCGUGCCUACGCCUUCUUUGUCACCGCCACGUAUGAGAGCCUACUCCGAGGGGCUGACGAGCUGGGUCUGCGUAAAGCCGUGAAGGCCGAGUUUGGUGGGGGUACCCGCAGCUUCUCCUGCGAGGAGGACUUUAUCUACGAGAAUGUGGAGAGUGAGCUGCACUUCUUCACCUCCCAGGAGCGCCAGAGCAUCAUCCGCUUCUGGCUUCAGAACCUGCGUGCCAAGCAGGGUGAGGCGCUGCAUAACGUGCGGUUCUUGGAGGACCAGCCAAUCAUUCCUGAGCUGGCAGCCCGUGGGAUCAUCCAGCAAGUGUUUCCAAUCCACGAGCAGCGCAUCCUGAACCGCCUCAUGAAGUCAUGGGUACAGGCCGUGUGUGAAAACCAGCCUCUAGACGAGAUCUGCGAUUAUUUUGGUGUGAAGAUUGCCAUGUACUUUGCCUGGUUGGGCUUCUACACGUCAGCGAUGGUGUACCCGGCCGUCUUUGGCUCUGUCCUGUACACAUUCACAGAGACCGAUCAGACAAGCCAAGAUGUGUCAUGCGUGGUCUUCGCCCUGUUCAAUGUGGUCUGGUCAACGCUGUUCUUGGAGGAGUGGAAGCGGAGGGGGGCAGAGCUGGCCUACAAGUGGGGGACACUGGACUCACCAGGGGAAGCCAUGGAGGAGCCACGGCCCCAGUUCAGGGGCGUGCGACGCAUCAGCCCAGUGACACGGGCCGAGGAGUUCUACUAUCCACCCUGGAAGCGGCUGCUCUUCCAGCUCUUCGUGAGUGUUCCCUUGUGUCUCACCUGCCUGGCCUGCGUGUUCCUGCUCAUGCUCGGCUGCUUCCAGCUGCAGGAGCUGGUGCUGAGUGUGAAGGGGCUGCCUCGCCUUGCUCGGUUCCUGCCCAAGGUUGUGCUGGCCCUGCUGGUUAGCAUAAGUGCUGAGGGCUACAAGAAGCUCGCCAUAUGGCUCAAUGACAUGGAGAAUUACCGGCUGGAGAGUGCCUAUGAGAAGCACCUCAUCAUCAAGGUGGUUCUGUUCCAGUUUGUCAAUUCCUACCUGAGCCUCUUCUACAUUGGCUUCUACCUCAAGGACAUGGAGCGCCUAAAAGAGAUGCUGGCCACUCUGCUGAUCACCCGCCAGUUUCUCCAGAAUGUGCGUGAAGUCCUGCAGCCGCACCUGUACCGGCGGCUGGGCCAAGGCGAACUCAGCCUGCGGGCCGCCUGGGAGCUGGCCCGGGCCCUGCUUGGCCUGCUCAGCCUUCGGCGCCCUGCACCCUACCAUCUCCAACCCCAGGCUGAAGAGGGUGGUGGCAGUGGGGGCGGAGGGGGCCGCAGGUGUCUCAGCGGGGGCUGUGGGGCACCUGAGGAAGAGGAAGAGGCCACAGUGGAACGGCGACCCAUGGGGGAAGGUGGGGAGGUGGGGAAUGGGUCCAGAGGGGAUAAGGAGGAGGAGGAAGAUGAGGAGGAGGAGGACGAGGAGGAGGAGGACGAAGAAGAGGGUGAGGAGGGCAGCCUCCUGGACUGUGGGCUCCGUCUAAAGAAGGUCAGCUUUGCUGAGCGGGCAGUCGGAAGACAUCGGCCCGGCCCAAGCCCAGAGGCCCUCCUGGAGGAGGGGAGCCCCACAAUGGUGGAGAAGGGGCUGGAGCCAGGUGUGUUCACACUAGUUGAGGAGGAUGAUGAGGCAGAGGGGGCUCCUGGUAGCCCUGAGCGGGAGCCCCCAGCUGUCCUGCUCCGCCGGGCUGGGGGCGAGGGCCGUGACCAGGGGCCAGAUGGGGGCCCAGAGCCAGACACCGGCUCAGGUGACUUGGCCCGGAGGCAGCGGCAGCAGAAUCGGUCCUCUUGGAUCGACCCGCCUGAGGAGGAGCACUCGCCCCAGCUCACCCAGGCUGAGCUUGAGAGCUGUAUGAAGAAGUACGAGGACACGUUCCAGGACUACCAGGAGAUGUUCGUGCAGUUUGGCUACGUCGUGCUCUUCUCCUCUGCCUUCCCCCUGGCUGCACUGUGCGCCCUGGUCAACAACCUCAUCGAGAUCCGCAGUGACGCCCUCAAGCUGUGCACGGGGCUGCAGCGGCCCUUUGGACAGCGGGUGGAGAGCAUCGGCCAGUGGCAGAAGGUGAUGGAGGCCAUGGGUGUCCUGGCAAUUGUCGUCAACUGCUAUCUCAUCGGCCAGUGUGGGCAGCUGCAGCGCCUCUUCCCCUGGCUCAGCCCCGAGGCAGCCAUCGUGUCCGUGGUGGUGCUUGAGCACUUCGCUCUGCUUCUCAAGUACCUCAUCCACGUGGCCAUCCCUGACAUCCCAGGGUGGGUGGCUGAGGAGAUGGCCAAGCUUGAGUACCAGCGCCGGGAGGCCUUCAAGAGACACGAGCGCCAGGCUCAGCACCACUUCCAGCAGCAGCAGCGGCGGCGGCGGGAGGAGGAGGAGCGCCAGCGCCACGCAGAGCACCACGCCCGGCGAGAGCGUGACACCAGUGGCCGGGAGGAAGCCCGGGCUGAGGGUGCGGGGCUGGACCCUGCUGCCCCUGAGAAGGCCUCAGCCAAGGCCAAGGGCAGUGGGGUGGGCAGCCAUGGUUCAGAGCGACCCAAGCGCCCAGGGUCCCUGCUGGCACCCAACAACGUCAUGAAGCUGAAGCAGAUCAUCCCGCUGCAGGGCAAGUUUUUGUCAUCAGGGGCCACAUCCUCCUCAAUGGCAGGCACAGGGCCCAGCCCCACCGCACGGCCAACCCCUGCCCAGUCACCCACAGGCAGUGAUACCCGCCUGCCGGCCUUCCUCAGCUUCAAGUUCCUCAAGUCACCCGAGGCCCGGCGGGAUCCUGAGCGUAGCCACUCACCACCCAAGGCCUUCCAUGCGGGCAAGCUCUUCCCCUUUGGUGGCGGGGCCCGGGCUGAGGCUGGGGCCAAUGGGGUGGGCGGGCAGAUCCGACUGGACGGGACCCCUGGCGGUGGCAGUGGCAGUGGCGGCAGCGGCAGCGGCGGCCGGGCCCAGCGCAGUGGGCAGGUGGACGAGGCUGCUGCUGAGGAGCCAGACGCCCUCCGGCCUGAAGAGGAAGGCUCAGGGACAGCGCUGGCCCUCCGCACCCGCGGCAGCCGGAGCCCCGCACCAUCAACGCCAACGCCGCUGCCCGGGCCCCCAACACCACCCGCCAGCUGCUGGCAGUGGGAUGGGCCUUGGGGCUGUGGGGGUGAAGGCACCACCCCCCGCCAGGCCCCUGCCACCAACACAGAGUGCCAACCCUGUGCCCUGGCUGGGCCCCUGCCUGCCCCCCAGCCCCUGCCAGGGGAUGCCAGCUUCUACAGCCUUGCGCCUCUGCCUCUGCCAACAUCCUCUGAGUUCCCUGCGGCCUCUCCCAGCCCCAGCCCCCAGGCUGUGUGCUGGCCCAGUGGCUGGCACUAGCUCUGCCAUGUGCCCCGCCUUCCUGUUCUCAUGCAGCAGCAGUCACCGAUGGUGGCCACCACCCAGAAACACACGCUUUGGGCCCUGGGCCCCCAGUAUUGGUCUCCCCUUCCUGGGGUGAGGGCCCAGCCCCCCUAUCUGCCGUUUUCCUUUUGGCUAGGAUGGGGGAUAUGAACCUCCCCC